AAUCCUUUUUGAUUUCUUCGCCACAAAAAAGUAGAAACUCAUUUUGAACUCAAAACAUAUCCCAAAAAAAAAAAAAAUUAACUUUGACGAAUUGGAUUAAAAAUUGAAGACUUCCCUGCAAAGAUGCCACCUUUUCCUCAAUUUGAGGAUUUGGGUGAAAAACUCACUAAUCGUUUCCGACCAUGGCAAAGGUCUUUUCAAUUUUGGACGAGGGCUGCUGAUAUCUAUACUGGUUAUAAGGUUUUUCAAGUUAGAAUGAAUUUUGUGAAAGAUGUUAACAAACAAGAGGCAAUGUGGGAAAGACAACAUGAACUUGCUGCUGAUAAGAUCUACUCGAUGUGUUCUGAACUUGGUGGGUUUUUUCUCAAGGUUGCUCAAAUCGUGGGGAAGCCGGAUUUGGCACCGGCAGCAUGGGUGAAAAGGCUAGUCACAUUGUGUGAUAAAGCUCCCGGGACACCGUUUGAAACAGUUAGGCUUGUGCUUGAGAAAGAGUUAGGUCAAACUGUUGAUGAACUUUUCGAGAGAUUUGAUGUGGAGCCACUUGGAUCUGCUUCAAUUGCACAGGUCCACCGCGCAAGAUUAAGAGGUACUAAGGGUGAUGUUGCUGUUAAGGUGCAGCAUGCUGGAGUUCAGGAUCUAAUGAUGACAGAUAUCCACAACUUACAAGCAUUUGCUUGUUAUUUGCAAAAGACAGAUAUCCGAUUCGACCUUUUCUCUAUAACCAAAGAAAUGGAGAAACAGAUUGGGUAUGAGUUUGACUUUGUAAGAGAGGCUGAAGCUAUGGAGGCAAUCCGACAUUUUCUGCGAGUGAACAACAAAAAGCCUCCUGUUCAGGUGCCACGAGUGAUGCGGGAGAUGGUGACUAGGAAGGUUUUAAUUAUGGAGUUUAUAGAUGGAAUCCCAAUCCUGAAUCUUGGCGAUGAGAUAGCUAAAAGAGGCAUUGAUCCUGGCGGUAAGAUUGCAGCGAUGGCAAAGCAGAACAUCCUUCAGAGUUUGACUCUAGCAUAUGGUCAGAUGAUUCUGAAGAGUGGGUUCUUUCAUGCAGACCCUCAUCCUGGAAAUAUCAUGAUCUGUAAAGGAUCAGAGGUUGCCUUAUUAGAUUAUGGGCAAGUUAAGGAUCUCCCAGAUGACUUAAGACUUGGAUAUGCGAAUCUAGUUCUGGCGAUUGCCGAUAAUGACUCUAUAAGGGCAUCUCAAAGCUAUAAGGAGCUUGGUAUAGGAACCUUGGUCAAAUGUGAGAAUGAAGAAAAAGAAAUGCUUAAAUUGGCUCAGACAAUGUUCGACACAAAAUUACCCCCUGGGAUGACGAUGCUGCAACCAUUUUCAGACGAAUCUUCCAACAAAAAAAUUGCUGUCCAGGCUUUCCCGGAGGAGCUGUUUUCUGUUCUCCGCACUGUGCAUCUGCUGAGAGGACUCAGUGUCGGCAUGAGCAUCAACUACUCGUGUGCAGAACAGUGGAGACCCAUCGCAGAAGAAGCCUUGUUUGCAGCCGGGAGAAUAAAUAUGAAUGAUCUCAAGGCAAAAGGACAUAAAGGCGGCUUCUUUAGAGGAAUAUUCAGGAGAGGUUGAGGUUUGCUGCUUCUUUUCAUUCAUGCCGUCAAUGAUUAGAUAAUUGGAACCUAAAUGAUGCGGGUCUUCGAAGAAACAAAAAGGAUCCUUCUAGCUGUACAAUUCUUUGCUUUCUUUAUCCUAGCCAACAUGAUCAAGCCUUUUAGCUGUACAAUUUUUUGCUCUCUUUAUCCUACAGAUUUUUUGUUGGGGUUGCAUUUAUUCAUGUGUGGCAUGAACCAGUUUGAGAUUGAUAAGAAAUUCUAGAUUUAUCAUCAUGCAAGGUGCAACUCAAUUGCGAACUUAAUUGAGUUAGUGUAGCCUAUGCAGUUGGUUACUAUUUUGUAUGAUCUUACCAAAGAUCACUAAGUUUCCCCUAUU